CCGUGGCCUAGCGAGCAGUCGGCGCCACCGUAAUCUUCCGGUAAAUCAGACACAGCCGUUAUCCGCCGUCUCCACCUCAGCCUUCGCGCUGCUUUCAAAGAGGCUGCUACUGGGUUGAUGUUACUACGACUUGAAAGAUCAUAGCACGAGUUCAGUAGUCCUAAAUUGCAAAACUGCAUUCUGAAAACUGGAAAGAUCCAGCUAAGGAGAACUAUGUUUAUUAAGGGGGAUUACAACCUGAAGUUCGGGCCUAGACAUGACGAAUGUCCCGGAGAAGUUCUAAAAUUUGGAAUGUUCAAACAGGAGGACACGUUCAGGAAGCAGGUUUGUGAGUUGCAUCAGGCAAAGUUAGAUGACACAAUCCUACGGUCCCGUAUAGGUCCCUUUUCAAGUUAUACUGAACCUGUGCCAGUGCCAGUUGAGAAGACCUUUUGCCCAAUUCCCGUAGCAAAUGCAGAGCACGGAGGUAUUUUAACUGGGAUCCAACGAAAUUUGUCUAGUCCUCGAGAUUGUUUCACUCGAUAUGUUAGUGACAAAGGCAGGGACCCUUUAGCUAAAGGAUAUUACUGCUGUAGCUCAAGGCAGCCAACAGAGACAAAUCAUUUUCUUCAUGAUGAAGCGGCAACGUUUUCGUUGGAAGAGGUUGAUCUCUCAUUAAGCAUUGGUAGGAACAAUCAGAAAAAGCGGGGCAGCAAUAAUGUUUGGGAUCAUGUAAUUGAUUCAAAGGAAUCAAAUAAAAUGUGUACAAAUGCAGGUGUAAAGACUCUCUCUGCACCGGGCUGUGCUGCUUAUUUUGGGGAUAGGUGUGAUCUCAAGUCGAAUUCGAGCCUUUCAAAUGGAUUAAGCAGAAAUCAAUCAAACGGGAAUCAAAUAAGUCACUCAAGCGUAAAUGUCAGCACAAGUUUUCUCGAGAAGAACUUCUCCAAUGAAGGAGUUGAACGGUGCUACGAGGAACACAUCUCCGAAAGUAAGCCCACCAUGGGCAAGCCUUUUCCAUUUCGCGAUGGAGCACUUCUAGACCUUAACAUACCAUUGCUCGAUGAAUCAUCAUUUCAACGAGAUAAUGUUGGUGGCUUGGUCAGUUCUGAUUCUGAAGACUUAUCAAACACAACCAAGGAACCCGAAACUCAUUUGAGGAAUUCAAGUAACGAAGCAUUCCAAAACACCGACUCAUCACUUGCUGCAAAAUCUACUGGUCAGCGGGAUGUAAAAUCUUCUGAUAACAGCGAUAUGAGAUUUCAAAAGGGGAAAGCAGCAGAAGUUGAUGAUCAGACCCAAGAGGGGGCUUCAAGCCUAAUCUAUUUUAUGUCAGAAUGCCUAAGAGAGCAAUGUCACACUAUCGAAGCCAGUAAACCAGAUAACAGAGAACACGAGAGGAAUUUGCAGCCGGAGUGUUCUGAUUCUUUUGAAGCGAAUGUCCUCAAGCUGACAGAAUGCAGUGUGGACGAUUGCUGUGUAUCCUCAGAGCCCUUCGAAGUCAACACCACACACAAGAAAGAUUAUGGAAUCACACUGAGGAGGGGGAGAAGAAUGAAAGACUUCAGAAAGGACAUUCUACCUAGCUUGGCAUCUCUUGCCAGACACGAGAUUUCCGAAGACAUGCAUCUCAUGCAAACAAUUCUCAGAUCAAGAGAAUACAAGAAAAACAUAUCCAAGAUGAAAGGCAGGGAGAAUCAGUUCAAAACUACAAGAAACAGGAGAUCCAGAUAGACUAUUUAGGCUAGAAAUAAUUGAGGCCUGAGGGAGUGCAGGAGAAGCUGACAUUCUUCAUUCUUUUUCAAUCUCAGAUCAACAAACUCAUGAUGGCAACAUAUUUUAACCAGGUUGCAGACCCUGAGAUAAAUUACAAAAAUAAUCCCAGUCCUAGAUUCUGUGAUAACUUGGACCAGUUUGAUUGGUUGGACAGCUUUAGUGUCAUUUGUGCAGAAUUAUUUUUGUCAUUUUUUUUUCUUUUCCUACAGCCAAGUAUCAACAGUAAUUA